UUGGGUACUCAUUAUGUUUUCAAAGUAUAGAUGACAAAAGGAUUACGUAAGAGAGCGCUUGAGAGACUUUUUGGUAGAUAUUCUGGAGGCGACGCACAUGGCUCUACGUUAAGUAUUUUUAUUUAUUUAUUAUAUCUGUACAUUUCUAUAAACUAUUAAUACGAGCCUAACAUUAUUUUUUCACAUUUCCUACGCAGGCCGCAUCGCUGCUACACAUGACGGGCCGCCACAGGACACAGGACGAGGAGAUGCUCCACAUGAUGCGGAGACACUCGUUGAUCCUGCUCAGCAUGCAGAGAUGCCGCCGUCGCCUCCUCAGGCUGCAGAUGUAUUGGAGGAGCGCCGAUAUGAGCCAUAUAGCGCAGCUGUAGAAGCUGCGCCACUACCGCCGGAUUCUAUUCCGGAUCAGCGAGCCCACGACCCGGCCAAGGUAAAGGAGGAUUGGGAUGCUUAUCAUGAUUUGCGACUUAUCGCACAGCAGAGGUAUGAACAAGCAAGGCGUAGAUGCCUCGAAUUGAAAGGUACCGAGCGACCUACUAGGCGCGGCCGCAGUAGUACCAAGCCACAGAACCUCGUCCCAGAUAUUCGUCGGAGGGCCGUGAUCCGAUGGCAGAACGGCGUGCCUGUCGGGCCAUUUGCUAACUCAUUCAACAAUUUCCUCGCCGCUUUAGCCAGGAGACAUGAUUUCUUCAACAUAUAUUUGACGUGGAAGUCGCAGCGGAUUGAUGCGCUGGUGGCUUGUUGGCGAUAUAUAUGUCGAUUUUUCUUUCUUGACGAUUACGCUUAUGCCUGGACUUACUGCUUCACGCAAAUCAAUCUAUCGUUCAAGAGGUGGCGGUCAGAGCUGAAGAAAAAAUAUUUUACUCAAAGAACAGAAGAUUGGGAGCGUUACUGGCAUCUUGACGAGCGCGUAGAUGGAGUAGAUUUUUUUGCACUUUGCGAUUAUUAGGACACGGCCGAAAUUCAGGUAUUAUUGAAGUAUAUAUUUUUGUUUAUUGUUUAAAAUUCUAUAUUAUAUCUGUUUAACAUUGUUUUGUAGGG